CUCAGCAAGUAUAGGGAUGGGCAUUGAUGUAUGAUGAUUCCCUUUUUUGGGUGUUAUUUUUUGUUUACACUCCAGUUUCAUGCCCGGUACAUUGAGGUUUUUGGGUUGAUUCUGGAGACGUGAUGAAUAGCAUCAAUCCAAAUAUCCUGGAGUGGCAGCAGCGAUAUACUUACCUGGUCCCCAGCGUCUUGUGACUCCAUUCAACUGAGUUCUGCAGCUGGGCUGGAUACAGAGUCUUCCAACGAAAAGGACACAUUGGACUCCACUGCGGAAGGUGAAGCCAUGGACACUCAGCCUGGUUCCGUGGAUGAGGAUAAUGGACGCCAGCUAGGCGAUAUAGAACUGCAGUGUAGCCUUUGUUUGAAAUGGUUUGGAGCAGAAACAUUUGGGAUAGAUACCACGUCCUGUCUUCCAUUUAUGACUAACUACAGCUUCCAUUGUAAUAUGUGUCAUCACAGCGGAAACACCUACUUUCUGAGAAAGCAAGCAAAUUUAAAGGAAAUGUGUCUCACUGCUUUAGCAAAUCUGACAUGGCAUUCUCGAAACCAGGAGGAGCAUCCAAAGACCAUGUUUUCCAAAGACAAGGAUAUAAUUCCAUUUAUUGAUAAAUACUGGGAGAGUCUGACUACACGGCAAAGACCAGGGAAAAUGUCCUGGCCAAACAGUAUAGUGAAGACUAUGAGCAAAGAGCGGGAUGUGUUUUUAGUGAAAGAGCACCCUGACCCAGGCAGCAAGGAUCCCGAGGAGGACUAUCCAAAAUUUGGCCUCCUUGACCAGGAUUUGGGAAAUAUUGGUCCAGCCUAUGACCAGAAGCAGAGCAGUGCUUUGUCCGCUGGAAGUACUUUAAAUGGGUCAGCGGCAGCCAGUUCUGCCAAAGGUAGAGGAGCCAAGCGCAAGCAACAAGAUGGAGGAUCCACCAGCACUGCCAAAAGAACCCGCAGUGACCCGCUGUUUGCAGCACAGCGCCUUCCUCCUCAUGGUUAUCCACUAGAGCAUCCAUUCAACAAGGAUGGGUAUAGAUACAUCCUGGCAGAACCUGAUCCACAUGCACCUGACCCUGAGAAACUGGAACUGGACUGCUGGGCUGGAAAACCAAUCCCGGGUGACCUGUACAGAGCUUGCCUAUAUGAGCGGGUGCUGCUCGCCCUCCACGACCGCGCUCCUCAGCUAAAGAUCUCUGACGACCGUCUGACUGUUUUGGGAGAGAAGGGAUAUUCCAUGGUGAGGGCAUCCCACGGUGUGAGGAAAGGAGCCUGGUACUUUGAGAUAUUUAUUGAUGAAAUGCCCCCCGAUACAGCUGCCAGGCUGGGCUGGUCUCAAGCUUUAGGUAAUCUCCAGGCCCCACUGGGUUAUGACAAGUUCAGUUACUCAUGGCGGAGCAAGAAGGGGACCAAAUUCCACCAGUCCAUUGGUAAACACUAUUCCGAAUCCUAUGGGCAGGGUGAUACGCUGGGGUUUUACAUCAGCUUGCCGGAUGAAACAGAGACUGCACAGGCGCUGCCAGACACGUACAAAGAUAAGGCUUUGAUCAAAUUUAAGAGUUACCUGUACUUCGAAGAAAAAGAUUUUGUAGAUAAAGCUGAAAAGAAUUUGAAGCAAACCCCCAGCAGCGAGAUUAUAUUCUAUAAGAAUGGAGUCAGCCAAGGAGUGGCCUAUAAAGAUGUAUUUGAAGGUGUAUAUUACCCUGCAAUAUCGCUGUACAAGUGCUGCACUGUUUCUGUAAAUUUUGGACCCCAAUUCAGAUACCCGCCAAAGGAUGUGUCUUUCCGUCCGAUGAGUGACAUGGCAUGGAAAGCAGUUGUGGAGCACACAUUAGCAGAUGCUCUCUAUCAUGUGGAAACAGAGGUUGAUGGCAGAAAGAGUCCUCCGUGGGAACCAUAACCCUUUUGAUUGUACAAAAACAAAAUCUAUGUAUUACUUUGUUAUUAUCUUGUCCUCCAUUUCCCCCCCACUCCCAUUAGAUCACUGAAGUGACCAACUGGUCGCAGCACACGAGCGGAGGCUGAUGGGUCUUCUGUACCAGCCCGUUCCACCUUGUGGGCACUCUGAUCUUGUGGGAGUGACAGAAGCUGUCCUAUUUCUCAGGGUUCCACUGUAUGCAGAGGCUUAAGAAUAAUCCUGCUUUGCCUCCUUAUUUCCUGAGCUCGGGCAGUGCUGUCACUAACCACCAAAGUGUAUUCAUUGAACAAAGCAACCCUUUUAUAUGUAGAUCUUUUCCCCUCCAUGGCCAGUACAUAUAUGGAAUGAAGAAAACAUACCUCAAUCCCAUACUUGCAUCCGUACAACAUGGACUCGUGCUAUCCUGAGAACGGCCCUAUUGCUCAAUUUUAAUGUUUUGAAAAUGGCACAUUGGCAGUGGAUGGGCAUGUGUAUACUUUCUUGUGACAGUCACACAGUCCCAUUACAUGAGGGGCAGUGUUCUUUUAGGACUGCUCUCUCCAGGAUGCAUUCCAGUUACAAAGUGUUGGGUGCUAAUGGGAUCUUAGAGGUGUUGACGGUUCAGUAAGUAAAUCCCUUUAUGAUAACAUUUUGCCUCAGGCCGGUGUGAUUGCUGUGAAUGCCUUACUGUUAUCUGCAUCCCAGAUACUCCAUUGUCUAAGCAAACUCUACCCCAGAUGAAGGUCUGCAAAGUACCGUACCUAAACGCACAAAGUCUUCGAUACGUCCUGGGAGGCUCUCUAUGCCGCUGAAUCUGGUGUUCAUUCAGAUGUAAGGAAAAUAUUUGUUUUAAAUAAAAAUAAAAAAUAUUAUUUA